CAUUUUUUAGUCCAAUACACAAAAUGUUCUCGCUCUCGUCGAACGCACGCGCCACUUCGCGCCUCGUCUCGCUCGCCCGCUGCAUCUCGAGCCCCGCGACUGCCUCUGCCGCCGCCGCCGCCACUGCCAAGUCUGCUGCCGCCACCGUCGUUGCCCCGCCUUCGACCGCGAGCAAGGGCGCCGAGGGCCUCGUGUCGACCAAGGACGACUCGAUUGUCUCGACCAAGAUGACCGUCAAGGACUUGUUCAACGUGCGCUUCUACCAGCGUGGCAAGGACGACGCCGCCUUCCAGGAGCUCGACCGCAUGUGCUCACAGGGCACCAAGACCAACCUCGUGUCGGAAUUCCCCCUCGAACUCGCAUUCGAGGACAUCCAGAAGCGCGGCGAGGGCAACAUUAUCGAGUGCAAGACGACCGGCGUGCUGGCCGCGACCAACCGCUCGUACAUCCACCCCGUCAUUGUCGACGGCAUUGAGCGCACCCUGUCGUACCAGUUCCUUCUGCGCGUCAACCCCAACUUCCGCAACAACAGCCUCGGCAGCUACAUUACCGGCCUCGCCGUCAAGCGCGACUGCAAGGUCUACAAGGCCGACUACUUUUCGGCCUAUGUCAUUGAGACCAACGUGACCUCCUCGGGCGUUCAGCGCAAGAUUGAGGCGUCCAACUCGCUCCUGGCCGAUUUCGAGACGCUCGGCACGUACUCGUCCAUUGCCUACCAGCUCCGCAAGGACCAGCCCUUCCAGACCCCGCUCGACGCGACCACCGCUGCCGGCGUCAAGAUUGAGCACAUUACCGACCGCGCCGAGCAGGAGCGCAUUAUUCGCAGCUCUGAGCUCAUCAACCGCCAAAUCUUCCCCGCCGACUUGACCGAUCUCCUUGCCUCGCCCCUCAACCUUGGUCUGUACGUCGCCACCGACGCCGCAGGCCGCAAGGCUGGCGCUCUUGCCUGGCACAGCGGUCGCGUCCGCAAGACGUACGUGCUCAACGGCGACUUCCAGUACGACAAGUCUGUUCUCCUGCACAACCCCUUCACUAGCGCCCAGACUCCCGAGGCCCUUGCUCUGCUCCACCACCUUAUUUACUCGCUCGGCAACCAGUUCACCGCCGCCGGUGACUUUACCUCCAUGUUCACCUUUAUCAACAAGCUCAACCCCAUCACCCCUGCGCUCGUUGCCCGCUCUUCGCUCCACGUCGAAUGGCUCCUCAAGUUCUGGCAGUCCAGCGGCGAGAAGCGCACUUGCGAUAUGAGCAACGGCCGCAGCGCCUGGUUCGACCCCCGCACCUGCCUCAUCUAAGCAGGCUUGUUGCAGAGCUUUCUUUUGCGCGCCCCCUGCUACCUUCUAGUUGUUUGGGGGGGGGGGAAGCAUUCAGUAACUGAUUGACAUGAUUUGAUUUUUUUUUUUUCCGUUUUGUCGUCUAGAUUUUUUCUUGUAUUUUGUCUUUUGCUGCUAUCUCCUUUUAUCCCUAUUCGUCGUUAAUCCUCUACAUCCUAAUACACAACUGAUUCUUAUCUUA